CAUCAGUUUGUUGGCAAAACAAAAAGUGAAAGAUUGAAAAUUAUUAGCCUUCAGUCCGAUCAGUGCUCCGAAAAUAAUCCUGUGCUUGUACUGUGAUAUUCGACAAUAAAAUCCUGUGAAAAUCAUUUCUCGUAACGCCAAUCCUACGCCGUUUCCAUGGAAGAACAUGUAGUGGACAUGGUCGAGCAGGUUGUGCGCGAAUUCCAGAAGAGUGAGCAAAACAGUGUCCGAUUGAUCAACCAAGAACCGGAACGUCUGGGCGAUAAAAGUUUUGUGCAGAUUUGUAAUGCCUGCGAGGGUGUAGGAAUUGCGGGACUCCCGGACACAUUGCAACCGUUGAUGGUACGACUUUUGGGUACCGAUGUUCAAGAUGCCGAAGACGGUGAGGCACUUCCCGAGGUGAUGGAGGAAAGAGGAUUGAUUUUAAAGGAGAUUGUAUCGGAAGUGCUCGAUCGAAUCGAUGAAUUUAGUUCGCUGGAGCAGUACAUUUGGCUGGUCAAAUUCUCCUGCGGGUUAUGUCUUUUGAAGAAUUUGCCUAUUGGGAUGAGCUUCGAGAUCAACAAAGUAAUAAGGUCGGUGGCAGGUUUGGAUACGGAGGGAUAUGAAUUCUGCCCAGUAACGGUGCACACAAUUUCCAAAAGUCUCUUCGAAGACAUUUCGCUGGAAGGCAUGAAUCUUGUCCAUGUGGUCAAAAAGCUAACAGUCCUAAAUCAGAAGCUGUUCUAUUACGUUUCAAUCGCUUUAAUAUUCGCCGGAAUCCACCAUUACAUUCAUCCCGGCGAACCGAUUUCCAUGUACCGGCUGUUCGGUUUCGAUGAUGUGCUCUCUCAACUCGGUCAGAUCCGCCCGGAGAACUUCAAGCUUAAGAAGGAUAUUCGGGAGUUUUUCCUGAUUUUGAAACUGCUUUCCUGUUAUCAGAAUGCGGUGAUUUUGCGGCACAGCCUCUGCAGCUGGCAGGAUCUCCAGGAGCAGCACGAGGCCUUUGCGGAGUUCUUUCGCUUCUCCGCGGAGCAGAAGAAAACGUUCGUUCAGUGGUUGAUGAUGGCACGGAAUAUUGUGGCCAAUUUGAACGCGCAACAUGGGAUGCAGGACCUGGGACUGAAAGAGGACUUGAUGAUGGUGAGUGAAUUGAUAGAAUUCGAUAUGAUAGCUCUUAUGGAAGAUGAUACUGACGAAGAAGUACACUAAAAUAUUUAAAACAUUUCAAAAUUAGUAUUUAAUGUAGCAAAUAGAUUUAGUUAGUUUUUCAAAGCUAAGACGUACAUUCCUGUAACGCAGAGAAUUGUGAUAUCUGAGCUGUUUUCUAUGUAUGACUGCUCAAUUAUAUAUCUUGAUAGUUCAUUUCGAUCA